AUGUGCCCCCUCCCCCUCCCCCUCUUACUUCUAAUAAUCCCAAUAGUAAGAACACAAUACAUCUCCCCCAUCCCCUCCCACCCCGCCUCCACCGAAAUCUCAGCAAUCUACCACGCCCCCAAUUCUUGGUUGUCUGAGCUCUCCGCCCCAAAAAUCUCCGCCGUGAACACCUCCGCCUUCGAAUGGUGGUACUUCGACGCCAUCUCCGCGACAAACCCCAACGUCUCCGCCGCGUUCACCUUCUUCACGGCCUCGCCGUCGGCCUUCCCCCUAGCCCCUAGGAACGCAAGUUCGAUUGUCUGGUCCGUUGGAUUCGUUAGUCUCCCUUCUCUUUCCGGUUCACCGGGAGAACCUGGAGAGGGCUCGGGGGAUGAAGACUCCGCUACUCACCGAGCACGUCAAUCUGGCAGCGAGGGCAGGGUCGUCAGCGAGAUCGGCGUGUCCGGGGAAGUAGAAGGUGAAGGGGAGGGCGUGGUGCUCGGGGAUGGGCGCGGGUGGAAUGUGGGGUUCUGGGAGGGGCUGGGCGGGUGGGUUGCUUCUUUUCCUUCUCCGCCCGGGAGCCCUUUGGGACAGGGGAUGGGUAAGUCGAGAGUCAAGCCCGCGGCUCUAUUCUCCGGGCAGCAGCACGGGGCCCCUGCGAGCACUGCGCGGUAUGCGCAUCGUGCGGCUGCGAGUGCGCCCUCUGGCACCAAUAUCGAUGUCUGGGUUGGGUGGGAGGGGAGUCGGAUUUCGGGGAGGUUACGGUUGGAGAAUGCCACAUCCCCGCGCACAGCGUGCUCAACAACGUCGCGCUUCGACCCGUCUCUCCGCCUCGGUCCGAUCGGUUGGGCCAACAUCGUACCGCAUGCCAAGGCGAGCGUGGAUCUGGUGGUUGAUGGCGAGGUGUUGGGGUUUGAGGGGUAUGGGUAUCAUGAUAAGAACUGGUCCGAGCGCCCGUUCCACACGCAAAUCAGGAAAUGGUUCUGGGGCCAUGCGCACGUGGGGCCUUACUCUGUUGUCUGGUUUCAGGCCACCCCGCAAAAUGGUACCGUGCCUUUUGGGUCGGCUUCGAUUUUGAAGGACGGGGUUCCGGUGCUGGGUGGGUGCGAGGCCGGGAUUGUUAGUGUGCAGCGGUUGGGGAGUCCGGCGAGUCCGGGAUUUGGGGUUGAGGUUGUUAUGAGGGGGGUGAGGCUUGUUGUUUCUGGGACGAGGGAGGUUGCGGGGGAUGGGGUGCGGUUUUUUCGGUGGGCUGGACUUGUUCAGGGGGUUAUUCUUGGGGAUGAUGUUGGUGGGGGGGUUGCGCUUUUUGAGGAGUUCGAGUUAUAAGUUUAUUGAAGUGGAGGUUGGCAGGAGGCGGAAAGGAAGGGGGGUCCGGGGGUUUUCCCCGGAUACUCUCUUAUCUAGUGGUUUCAGAUGGAGGUAGGCCAGGAAGCUGAAAGAAAAGGGGGGUCUGGGGGUUCUCCCCCGGAUUACGCAUAUUCUAGUGAUAUGGACU